AUCCAGGUGGUGGAGGAGGAUGUGCGUACGACAGAGGACGAUGAGGGCGACACCGUGCGGAAUGAAGAAGAGGUCGAGUCUGCGUCGUUGGCAUCCCUGGCGUCGGAUGUGAGCCUGACGCCGCCGCCCUCGCCGUUUGUCGUUGAGACGCCCGAGCUGCCCUUUUCCUCCAGCGGCAACGGCGGCAACGGCCUAGGCUGUUACUUCAUGGGUCAAUCGCCGCACAAAGACGAGCCGCAUGCGCUUGCUGCGACCGGUACGGCAAGGCCUGCGUCCUGUCCGUUGGUCGCGCCGUUGCUGGUGCUGAAGGAACGUCACACGCGGGGUCUCUGCUGUUCUGGGCCGUACAGUGCGCGAUUCGCCCGCUCCACCGGCGUCUUGGGCCAAUCGCCCAGCCCAAGCCCGCCGUCCCACAGUGCCAAGGGGUUCCGAAGCGCGCGGUCCACUGGCGACGGUGAUGGCGGUGCUGCCGAUUGCAGCACAGCGUGCAUGGGUAGCUCCUUAACGGGUUUGGCCCCAACCCUGUCGCCGGGCACAUCCUUCCAUGGCGCGCAUGCUUACUUUGCUAACCGACCGAGCAGAGCAACCGCUGGCGGUUGCCUAGAAACGGCUGCUUCUCAUCCUUCUUCUGGAGGCCCUGCUUGUCAGAACGGCUCGUUGCAUGCACCUUGUGGUGCCGGACAGGAGCCGCGGCUGCCGCCUCGUCCGCCUUCACCGCAGUGCCGAGUGGGCAGCGGCCGAGCCGGGGCUGUAGCGGCGGCGGCUGACAUUCGUCGUCGCGCAUGGGGCGCAUCCCCAGCCUCGAGCCCACGUCAGAGCUGCAGCAACCGCAGCAUCUGCAACAGCCCCCAACCGCCGCCAUCACCACCCAGCCGCGCGAUGUCAGACAACAACCACCCCAACGUCCUGUCGCCGGAUCUCUGUGUACAGGGCAGCCGUGCUGCCUCCUUCAACCGAGGCAGGUUCCUUUACGAAGUACGGCACUCGCUCACCGCACAUGAUGGCGCAGCAGGCCAGGUUUCUACACAGGGGUCCCUGCCGACCCGUGGGUCACAUGGGUCAGCGACUACCCCUCGUUUAAAGGAGGAAGGCGCCAAUGGCAUGUCUCAGUCUUGGUUGAUUUCGUCCCCAUCGUCAUCUCGGCCCGCCACGCCCCAACGACAGCAACCAUCGCGCCCCAGCACACCCCAACGACAGCAACCCUCCCGACCCUGCACACCGCAACGGCAGCAGCCCUCCCGUCCCAACACGCCCCAAAGAGUCCAGCACGGCCUUCAAGGGGGCUCACUCGUGGUCAAGCCAAGUCCCCCUGCCUCUGUCAGCGGCAGCGACUGCGGCUUUCAUAGGAGCUCCGCUGCAUCUGAGCUGCUUGCUGCUAGCGGCUCAUCAGAGCCUCGAGGCGGUUCGGAGGCGCAUGCGACGACGCAGAAACAAGGGGCAGCAGCUCACAAGGAGGUCAUGGUGGCGGGUAUUUACGGUCGACUCAUGCGGAACUGUCUGGCGACAUCGUUACGGGGGUCGGGGCAACCGGAAUCGCAAGCCGCAGUCCGAGCGAAGGCGAUUGAGGUCGCCGCGUCGACCACAUUUGGCGGUAUUAGUCCUAGACGGUUGCGUGUGGGGAAGGCAUGAAAGAAUGCGGGACAAGAGUGACGUGGAUUGAGUCGUGUAAUGGUUGAGGCAGUACGGCAUGCAUGGAUCUUGAGUCGGUAUCGAAACUGUGCAUAUAUCAUUGUGUUGGCUAUUGCGGCCGCCGUGUGGAGCGAGCCGCCGGCCCUUUUGUAUCUUUCUCCUUUUUGUCUAUACGUUUGCUGGUGAAUUCAUUCGCGCUGUUGCUCCGUUGAUUGAUAGUGAGCUGUGUAGCAAGUUGGAGAGGCAGGACGACUCUGCGGUACGGCUCUAUUUGCAGGAGUAAGCGCGGGGCAGAUGCCCAUGGUAGGUGUUUUUGCGGUGUUGCUACGGCUUUUAUUUCGCCAAAUGUACCUUCCUCUUUUUACCCUCGUUUGUGUGAGCAGGGCGGCUAUAUAUGUACAAUUAACAUAAAGCGCUUUGCUUCAGUACUGUGGACGAAAGUUGUAAAUGCGUCGUCUGUUUAGAGGACGUUGCGGGUGCGGUUAGGACCAACUGACAUGUGUCUGAGUUCAUAAGGACUGGGAUGAUGGGGAUUUUCUUACCCUGUUUACGUGUUUAGAGGUGCUCCUCGUGAUUAGACGACCGUAUUGGAUUCCCUUGGAAGGGGACAGCUAGCGGCGCUGGUGCCGUACAACUCGUUGCCGAAUGGGACCACGCUGCAAAGGUCAUGCUGUGAUGAGUGCAUGCCAAGCAAGCUACGGUUGUACGGACAUGUGCAAUAAAUGUCGAGCGCUGAACAGGUAAUGGAAUCCAUUAAUGGACUGUACUGGGUGAUGACGGCAUGUUGGCUGAGCAAGCGCGUGAGCGGGACCCUUCUCUUUGUGUCUGACCUUCACCUAACCUGGAAAGGUUAACUGUCGUUUAUCGCUUAAGCAUCGUAACGGAGGGUUUAGCUGGAAUGCUUAUUCAUCCUUGGAGGGCUUCAGCACUGCGCGUAUGUAAUGCGACUGUAUG